AUGGUGGAUCACUUGCCGCUUGGUGAGGAGACCUUCCUGUACUGUACCGGCUCGCUGGGGUCUGGCUACAACGGACCCUGUCGCCACGCCAAUGGUGGUGUGUCGCCGGGCACCAUGGUAACUGACUAUGUAUGCCUCUAUGAACACCACCACCACCCUUACCAAGGGGUGACACUGUCCUCCUCCCCUCACCUCUCUGAGGAUGACCUCAGCGACUCCUCCAGCCCUCGUUCCUCCCUCUGCUCCAGCCCGGAGUCCUCGUCGCCGACGUUGCGGCACGUUCUCGACUCCAGCUACGAAAGCAGGAGCAGCAGGAGCAGUGGGAGCUGUAGCUCCUCGGGAGGAGAGAGUCAAGACAGUCUGCUGGACCUCCUCCUCUCACAGGCCUCCCUCACCACCUCAUUAAGCUCUAAUGCCAGCAGCAGCUCUCAUUCUUCUCCUUUAUCUUCAACUCUAUCCCUAUCCUCCCCAACCUCUUCUUCCUCCUCAUCUGCCCCUGUUGUACCCAUGGGCCUGGCCUGGGAGUCCAAGAGGGAGCACCGGCUUAGUCUCCUUCAGCAGCAGGCCAAAGAGGACUGUUACGAGUUCCCUGUCUUCCUAGAUGAAUUGCAGGAUCCUGCGGCGCUCCUUUUUCAGCCCACCCUGGAGGAGAUUGAGGAGUUCCUGGAGGAGAACAUGGUGGUGGCGAUGGAGAAAGAAGAGGAGGGGAGCGAUGAGGCAAUGUCAACAACGUCAGAGGAUGCUGAGGCGGAAGGUUCAAGGACAUUAGCAGCAGAACUCGUAUCAGUGUCACAGAACAGAGAUCAGACUGUGCCUGUAGCUAAUUCUCCACUCUCCUCCUACACAGAGACCAAACAUACACCAUGUGCAUCUGACAUGGACAGCUCACCAUCAGCAGUGGAUUUUAGUUGUACAGCUGGUUCUAGAUCUACCAGUAGUAGAGUUGAUGGGAUCAAACAGGAGGACUGUGGUUCACCGCCAGCCUCGUCCGAAGGUACCAGUGCUGCCUCCAGUGUGCCUGUCAUCUUACAAAUCCAGCCCAUACAGAUCAAACAAGAACCCAACCCUAGUGCCAUAUCAGAUGCUGUCACCCAGCAAACCCAACCCCAGACAACCGAAUCCCAGCCCACCCAGGCCCCAUCGGAUAUAAAAAUCGCUCAACUCCUGGUCAACAUCCAGGGGCAGACCUUUGCCUUGGUGCCUCAACUGCUUUCCCCAGCAAACAUUACUGGCACCAGUAAAACCGGAAGCAUUGCUUCGUCCAAAUUUGUCCGGAUCGCGCCAGUGCCCAUUGCCGCAAAACCCAUUGGGCUUGGGGAAGGUGGGUUAGGCGGAGGUUCAGCUGCAGGGGUCCUCGCUGGAGGUCAGAGGUAUCAGAAGAGUGCAGUAGCAGACCUUAUUAAAAUGCACAAGUGCUCUUUUCCUGGCUGCAAUAAGAUGUACACCAAGAGCAGCCACCUAAAAGCCCAUCUGAGGAGGCACACGGGGGAGAAGCCCUUCGCCUGCACAUGGCCCGGCUGUGGAUGGAGGUUCUCCCGGUCCGACGAGCUGUCCCGACACCGCCGCUCCCACUCUGGAGUGAAACCAUACCAGUGCAUCGUCUGCGAGAAGAAGUUUGCCCGCAGCGAUCACCUGUCGAAACACCUCAAAGUCCACCGCUUUCCACGAAGCAGCAGGACAGGACGCUCUGCAAACUGACCCCUCUGACCCCACUCUGACGGACUGACGUUAAAAAGCAGAGGGCAGGGGGCUGUGUGCGUGUAUUUGUGUGUGACGGAAGACAUAGGAGGGGGGUGAAAGUCCGAACACCUUCUAAAGGAGUCUGUGCAGGACUUUUGAGCUUGUGUGUGUGUUUAUGUUCAAAUAUGUACGUGUGACGUACAUUCAUGGUACUGUGAUAAUUUAUUGGGUGGCGAGGAAAAGACUGUAAAAACUAAACUAAAACAGAAAACUGUUACUUGACACAACACCCUCACAGGUGGAAUAAGCUUCUUGUAUAUUACUUUUUUUUGUCCAACUCAAAUCUUUUAGCUAAUCUAAUUUGAAGAAAUAUUUGCUAUUCAGAGUAUUUUUACACUUUGAGGUGUAUGUUAUUAUUAUUGUUGGAGUCAAAAGCCUUAUAUCAGUAAAAGCUGCAUCACUAAGGGGUCUGCUAUUAUUUAAAAACCCCAGUUUUUUUACCUUCCUAGAGCCAAAUGUUGUCUAAAAGUAAUAUUAACAAAAACUCACCGCUUAAUGGCUUGAAUUUGAUUGAAUUUUGAACAGCAAGAGCCUACUUGGGAACUGUCGGGGCCUUGGUUUAAUUAUCUAUCAAUUGUCGGCAAACAUUCCUUUAGCUCUGAAUAAGUGUCUUUGAAAAAACACAAUAACAAAGCUCAAGUUCAUGUUGAAUUACUGCCCUCAAACAAAGAUCAUGUCACCAUGUAAUUUGCACUGGCACACAAUAGUUUCUGGUCGUCUCCCCAUUCAAAGUAUUUGAAGUAUUUUGUGUAGUUGGUCUGAAUUGUUUCACUGUUCUCUAACACCCUUUUGUCUCAUCUGUACAAGAGACAGAUUAUCAGAAUAUUUGUCAUAUACAACAUUUUCCAUAUGGCCUUUUUGGAUCAAAACCAACUGAGGGUGUAGCUACAUGCAAUGAUUACCCACAAAAUACUUCAAGUCAAGGAUGAAAGAAAGUAUUUAGAGAAGCAUGUCUGUUCUUCAGCUCUUGAUAUAACUCAGCAUUUGUUUUCUGGCAUCCUGAUCUUAUGUGAUGCCACAUCUUUAAUUUAUUUAUGCCACUUUAUUUACUUCAUGUCACUGCUGUAAAAAAAUAAGUAGUAUAAAACAAGAUGGUAAAUUCACAUCACUAAGAGUUGCAAAGAAAGGCUGGUUUUGAACAUAUCAAAUCUCUUGCCUCCUCUCCUGCCAGAUCAAGUUUUUCCCCCUUUUCUUUCCACUGAUUCAGUUGAAUACAGAUUAAGUUCUACAUAUCAAAUUUUUUUUGUACCAUUUAUUGAGACUGGAAUUGUGCGCCGUUGCAAAAUGAAAUAAAGAAUUCGCCCCAGAGCACCAAAAUAAAUGUAUUAAAGCGAGCUUAUGUAACUUUUGCUGAACAGCGGCCCUAUGCAUAGAACGGACUGCCAGAAUGGUAAAACUUAGCCUAACAGUAGCACAAGUAGAGAACAGACACAAAGUCAGUGAAUGUUAGCAAGAAGUGAAGGUAGCAUUAGCCGCUAUAAUCUAUUGGCCAUACCAGAAAAACGUCUGAGUGUAUUGAAUUUAAUAUUUUAUUGCUUAGGAAUUCAACUUUCCAUUUGUUAAGGAAUGGAUGUGCUAUGGCCUCUUUCAAAAUGUACAUAGACUCGCUUUAAUAUAAGGAAUAUUUUGUUUCUAUGUCUUAAAGAGUCAUCAAGUAAACUAUGGCUCUGUUAGCUCCUCUUGAAGCCUCUUCUCUUGCCAAAUCAAGUUUGUUUGUCGUCUUGCUUCCAAAAAUGUAUUUCAUUAAAUUAAAAAUGAAAUGAUUUGCAUAUCAAAUUCAAAAUCAAAUUACAGAUGUUGCCCAUUUGUUGAGACUGGAAAUGUGUUCCAUUACAGCACAUAAAAAACUCAUAGGGAGUCUUUAUGCUUCAUUUAAGGCUAAUAGAAAAUCAAAGAGCAUUUAAGGAACACUACUAUCUGCUCCUUGUCUUCAACAUAUCAAAUCUCUUGCCAUAAAGUGAGAUGCCUUUGUCUUGUACUGUAAGGGAACAGUGACUGUUUUGCUAUUUUGUCAUAUUACAUUUAUCUGUAUAGAUUGCUUUAGUGUGUGUCAUUCUGCAUCUGAAUUAAACCAAAUGAGUCAAAAUGCAAACUGCACAGAGUCCAGAGAUGGCUACCUGUGCCAUAAAGUCAAGGAUCAGCUAUUGAAAUAGUUUGAAUUACGGAAUGUUAAAGUUUGAAUUGGAACUGAGUUGUUUUUUUGGAAGUGUUUGAUUUGCUGAAACCUUCAACGAUCAACAAACCUUUUGAGUGUUCAGCAAACAGCACCUGAACGAGACGCUGCAUGGAGGAAGUGUGUAAUCUGCGUCAGGCAUUCCUUCCAUACGAUGAGAAGAAAUGCUUUUCUGAAUGGGUGUCAUAUGUGAGCCCACGAAUGUAUGUAAAUACUGUAUAUGCAUCUGAGAGGAGAACUUUAAUAUUCUUCUAGUGAUUUCUGUGAUUGUGAAAGAUUUUUCUAAAAAUAUGUACAGAACAUGAUAAUUCAAAUAUGUAGUGAAAAAUAUGGUGAUUUACUUUUUUUGUCACGUUUUUACACAACACAUUAUUCAAAGGCUCAUGAAAAGUUUCAUACUACAUCCAUAGAUUGGAAUUUAUAAUACAUUUCCCCCCAUGCAUUUUCUUGACUUGCACACCGACUUUGUGAGGUGCAAAUUGCAAUAUAGCAUAAAUGUAUUAUGAAACAUGAUGAGUAACUUAUGUGCUCUGUAAACACAUUACAAAGAAAGAUUUGCUUAAAAUCUUAUAUUUUUGCUUUUGUUCUUACGUAAAACACAUUUACAAUAAAAAUCACAAAACCAAA